CUCCUCAAACACCUUUUCCAGAUGACGACAGGACUCGCUGAUCUUCCUGUGUGGCCAGCAGAUCUCUCCCCUUCGCCGCCUGCUGACUGAAGGACUGACUCGCUGAUCUGACUCUCUGACUCUCACUGCGUCGCUCUGACUGCUGACCCGUCAUCACCCACCCUGUCGCUGGUAUUUUUGCUCUUGUGUCACCGCCUCAGCUACUCCCCAACGACCCCACCCACCUCUCAAUCUCGGCGCAGAGAUCCGGUGCGAGGAGGGAGGCGCGACGCAGCACGGCAGCCGGCUAGCUAUGGGGUCUCAUGAGAAUCGUCACCCAGUGACGGCCCUGCUGCCCCUCUGAGGAGACCUCUCGAGACAGAUACAGCGCGACACAUCAGACAAGCGCGCACCGACCGAGGGAGUGAUGCAGACGGAGGCAGAGGAGAGGGGGUACAGGCGGCGGUGGCGGCACGAGUCGGGUGCUCGUCAGCCGGUGCCGCCGGGUUCCCCCGGUCCUCACUGCGUGGGUGCGUUGCGCAUGAUCGGUCGGGUGGUGGAGGGUGUGGUGCAUGAGAUGGUGGAGGAGAGGUGGCAUCCGCUGCCCCAGCCGGCCCCGCCUUCCUCGAGCAAUGUGCUCAAGUCGGGAUGGGUUUACAAGAAAAGCAGACACCUGGGACAGUGGAGAUGGUAAGCAAAGCAACCAACACAACCAACCACUGAUUGAUAUACCCACUGCACUUGUGAGGAACCAUCACAUUUGCUGUGUGUGUCGUGUUGUCAUUCCGCUCGUGCAGGCGCUGGUUGGUGGUGACGUCGCGCGCUCUGUUGUUCUAUCGCGAGCCAUACCCCCUCCCUCCCCGCACCGGGCUCAUAUCGACGCCCAUCGACACCGACAAGGGCACACCCGAGACGACAGACGCCGACGACCCGCUGCAGCCGGGCGAGGUGGAGGUGGAGGGCCAGGGCGACGUCAUCGAGUCGCCCCCGGUGGGCGGCAGGGGAGUGCGCGCGUGUCGCCGGCGCAAGCCCUUGAAACCCACUGAGUGGUUCUGGAUGGAGGACGUCCUCGACUUCAGGACGGUCGAAGACGGCAUCGAACUGGUAAGUGACACCAGGACAAUACAACCACACUCGCGAAUCGCACGUGUUGUUUGUUGCUGGGUCGAUCAGACGAUCAAUCGUCGCGUGCCCGAGCGGCAACCGAGGUGCCGUCAGCUGGCGUCCUCCCCCACCCUGUCGUGGCCCUCGGCCAGCCCAUCGCCCACACCAUUUGACUCGCCCCAGGGCGCCAUCAGGCCCCUGCCUGAAAGGAGACAACUCAUAUUUGAGGACUUCAAGUGAGACAGACGCUCACAGACAGACACUGCUGCGCACGGAGAGCGGCGGACGACUCCCACUGUUUCUUUCUAUCCGCUGUGCGUGUCUGUUUCUUUGUUUCUGUGUCAGUCACGACAUCAGUUUCCGUCGUGCGAUAGUGAUGGCCAAGAACAAGCUGGAGAUGAAGCGCAAGACCCAGCAGAUGGGGUCCUUCAUGUACCACUGCGACGCCCGCAGGCUCCAGCGGCCGCCACCCAUCAUCACAUCCAAAAGCCACGGCCACUGCGUCGGUGUCGGUGUCCCACACCACCCCUACCCCUUCUCACCGCCAUCCAUCUCAGUGGCCUCCCCCUCACCCCUCCCCCCUCCCCUACCACCACUGCCUGGCGCCGGCAUGCUCUUCGAGACGCGAGAGGGCCGCCUGCAGGUGCGUGCGGUGAACAAUUUUCUGUCUCUGUGCUGAACAAUCGCUGUGUGUGUGUUGUCUUGUUUGUUUGACGCAGGUGCUCACCACUCGGAGCGCCAGCAACCUCACCACGGCCGGCCUGGCGGACACUGGUGUGGGCCACAACACCUACACCUCCUUCCCCCGGAUAUCGGCGUCGCCCUUUACGCGCCGCAGGAAGACUGCCAACGCCAAGCUGCUCAGCGGCGGCGGGGGUGGCGAGACCAUGGAACUCGAGACGCCCACGGACAUGCCCCUCCACAAGCUGCCGUCGGUGGCCUCCCUGCCCCGACUGGCGUCACUCGUCAACCAGCAGGACACCGACGGCUGCCCGCCCUCGCCACCCCACUCACACUCGCCCUCCCCCUCCCCCUCUCCCUCCCCGGCUCCCUCUCCCCUGCCAUGCCACGUCGCCUCUGCGUGUGGCCGCCCCGACGCACUGAGUGUCCACCACAUUCACGACAGCGCCCUGCGAUCGUCCAAGUCUUCAGAGUCCACCCUCUCUGUCGACUCGGACUCGACCGUCGCAUCCAACGCCCCAUGGGGCAGCAGCAGCUCCAACCGGCGCGACCUCCUGAGCGCGCCGCUUCUGUCCAAGAGGAGCCCUGACGGCACGCCCCGGUCGCUGGGCAGCUUCGGAUCGCCCUGUGGGUCAAGCUGUGGGCGCAUCAAGGGGGACGACGGCAGCAGCAGCAGCCUCGGCAACAUCACGGGGGCGGGGAUGGGCGUGGUGCGGCGUGAGAUGUCUGCUGGCGGCUACACGAGGCUGCGCGACGACGGCGGGGACAGUGAUGGAGAGGAGGAGGUGGGAUCGCGCAGCUGCAGCGCACGGCGGGUGAGGCGCGUGAUGGCGGCUGCUGAAAGGCCAUUCGUGCCGUUUGGGGGGCUCGAUGCCACCGAAUGAAUCAUGAGGGAGGGGGUGGACGGGGGAGUGAGUGAGGGGAGAGAGGGAUCAAGCCGCGCUCCACGAGAUGAAGCCCAGCCAAGUUUGUCUCGUCUUGGCUUGGCUUGGCUUGGUCUCCCACUUCGCCAGACUACUGCCGAUUGCCUAUGUAUUUGCCUACAAUGUGCCAACAGACAAACAGACAGACAGACAGACAGACAGCCAGACAGAAAUGAGUGCGUCCUGUGAGCGACCGAUUGCCGUCCUUCCUCGGCAGACUGACUAACUGACUGCCUGUGAUGUUUGUCUCAAGGUGACUUAGUCGAAAUGCUUGUUGCUUGCUUGUGUGCCUGCGUGUCUGCCUUGCCUUCAUGUCUGAGUGUGCGCCUUUGUUCAACCAGACCUGCCCCUUUCUGUCUGCCUGCCUGCCUGCUCAGCCACCGACAGGGGAGGGAGGGAGGGAGGGAGGGAGGGCUCCUCUGCCCGCCUGCUUGCCUGGCUGCUUGCUUGCUUGCUGUGUGCCAAACAAUGACCGAAUGUGCUGCCUAACUGCCUGACUGCCUGACUGCCUGCCUGACUGACUGACUGGAUGGACGGCAUUUUGUGACGGCUGCUGAUUUCAUUUCACGCCCACAGCAAGACACACCUAUCGCUUUCAAAGAACCGGAGCAAAGGACAGGAAGGAGCCAAGGCAUUUUGGCCAUUUGUUUGCUUGGAGGAAGAGCGCGCACACACAGAGAGCGAGGGAGAGAGAGGGGGAAGGACGGCAGCUGAGGCGAGGCGACGUGUUCACCUGAUCGUAUGCCUGCUUUCACCAGGACUGACUGACUGACUGGCUCGCCGCGCACACACACUCACGCUCACGCUCACGCUCACGCAAGGGGGGGCUGUGCCGGGGCGAAUUGGCGGACGCGAUGGCACCGACGGGCGGAUGGACAACACACACACACACACGCAAACACACACAUGUACCUACCUGAUCAGACUAGAGAGGGGCGGGAGGGAGGGAGGGAAUGGACGAGUGAGGUACCGUGCCAUACCAAGCCACACAUUGCACUGCACCGCACACGCCGCGAGAGAGGCCGGCAUUUUACUUGCCUGCCUGCAAGGGGGGCAGGGCAGGUCAGUGCAUCCGUCGACAUGACAUGAUGUGUGUCCACCCACACACACCACACACCUGCCUGUUCGUUCCAUCACACCACACCAACUCACCCACUCUCCCACUCACUCACUACCCUCGUCUGUAUGUGCCCUGAUGCCCUGUCUACAGCCCCUGCAGAAGUCAUUUCUGCCUUCCUGCCCGCCUGUGUCUUGUGUGUGGGUGACGUGUGUAUGUGUGGACGUCUCUCUCUCUCUCGCUCUCUCUCUGGGUGUGUGUAUGUCUGGGCAGCAGCUUGCCGCCGUGUCCCAUCCCAUCUAUAAGUGGAAUUGUUUUGCUCUCUCUGCUAGGGCAGAGGGAGGCAGGGAGGGAGGUGGUGUUCCUUUGUUUACUCGUUUGUCCGUCUGUGUGCCUGCCUGCUGAUGAUGAUGAUGGAACAUGCCACGUGAUUGCGAGUACGUUUGUGUCUGUCUGUCUGUCUGUCUGCCACGUCAUACUUGCAAGUCACAUCAAUCAUACCGUUGCGCGUACCGUUGCGCGUAGAUAAGAUUGACCAGCAGCGAAAGGCCCCAAGACUUUUUGUCUGCCGCCUGCUGCUCUUUUGAUGACUGGUGGGCGAGUGCGUUUUUUUCCUCUCUGUCUCUGUCUCCCUCUCUCUGUCUGUCGGCGAGUUGUGGCCGGCGGGACAGCACGGCGCGCAGGUAGGGUGGGAUAUCGAUCGAUGUGCAUCCAUCAUUUUGAGAAGAAGAAAAGAGCAGAGAAGGCCCUCUGUCUGGGUAAUUCGCAGCAAGAUUUGCGCCACAUCCGCCCACUCAGCCAUCUACCCACCCAUACACACAUCCAGCCAUCCAUCCAUGGAGCCAUCCCACGCCACUCAUGCCACUCAUGCCACAUCACACGCCUUCGUGCCCGUUUUCGUUGAUUUGAUGGAUACCGUUGCUUGCUUACGUAAAUGGCAUUUCUUUCUUUACUGUCACGUCCGUCUGUAUGAGUGAGUAUGCGAUGCGGCUCGCCCCAUGCAGAGCGGCACUGGGCUGUCUGUCGAUCGACUGGUCGACUGACUGUCUGUCUGACUUGUGUGUGUUGCGUUUAGAUACCUUUCUGGGUGGGGUGGGGUGGGUGUCUAGCUGUUUGCAGUGAGGGAGGGAGUUCAACGGGGAGGGGGGCCGUUUGUUUGCUAUGUUAUUCACCCAUUAGUCAGUCAAUCCAUCCAUCCAUCCAUUCAAGCAUCCAGAUCGCUCGGGUCGAUGAUCGAUCCCCAUAGGUCUUCCUUUUUCUUCUUCGUGAUGAGGGCGUUAAUUCCGACCGACCGCCUGAGUGAUCCAUUUGUAUGUGUGUGACUUUGCUGAGAGCUCUCUCCCUCCCUCCCGCAUCGCCUGCCUUGUCUGUCUGUCUGCUCGUCCGUCUGUCUGUCCGUCUGUCUGGAUGGAUGGCUUUCUCUCUCUGUAUGUCACCGAAAGAGACCCCACAACGAUGCAGUUAGUCGGUCUAACACGCACAAGUCCGCACACAUGCACCCACGAAGGGCACGGCACGGCACACUACGAUCAUGCUACGGCAGGCACACAGCACGGCAGCAUUGCACUCCAUUGCACGGCAUUGGAUGGCGUUGGUUGGCGCUGACUGACAAGUGGGUGGGAUGGCCCGUCUUUCAACACAAGAGGGGGGGGAGGGGUUGAGGGCGGGGCGGGCGGAGGGGCUGGGUGGGCGCACGGCACACCAUUCAUCCAUUCACUGUCUUGUCUCUUACCUAUCGGUAGGGCGGGGCGGGGUGGGGUGGGCUCUGCAUGACAUACGCGAGCUCUGACACGACACACGCUCACAUGGCAUACUUGACACAAACUGCCAAACCAUGCAAUCUGCCGAUCUAUUUCAUACGGGCCUUCCUCUCUAUGUGUACGUGUACGUGUGUGUGUACGUGUGUGUGCAUGGGUGUCGGCUGCUCUGGCCGACCGCUGUAUCUUUUUUCACUCGGUGGUAACAUGCAUACAUCCUAUCUGCUGCUGCUGCUGCUGCCGACCGACUGGCUGCAUGUACAUGCGUCUGUCUGUGGUGUGUGGUGUUUAUGCGUCAUGUGCGUAACUGACUGGUGUGCUGCUGGGGUUGGGCGGUGGGGGAGGGGGAGUGAAGUGCGGGUGAACGGGAGCAUAGUCAAAUCUUGUGUGUGUACAGGCAGAAUGAGCGCAGGAUGGAAAAAGGAAGGAAUGAGAAAGGAUUGAUUUGACCUGACGACUUGGCGUGAAGUUUGUCCGUCUGUCCGUUCGUUUGUUCGACGGUGCCCUCUUUUGUCUUUGUCUCUUCUCAUUUCUUUCUCUCUGUCUCUCUCUUGCUCUGGUGGGGUGCGGACACUCAGACACGUCCGCCCCCGCCGUCCUCACCUCUGACUGUUUGCUGCACAAGUCCCCUUCAUGCUCACUUUCCGGCUUUGUACCUACUUGAUGCGUACACACACAUUCAUAUACACACACAUGCGUACAUGCGUACAUGUGUACAUCCCUUUUUCACCCUCACUAUGUGCGUACGUGUGAGUAACGCCCUACCGCACCGGCCGGCCGGGCUGCCUGACUGCCUGACUGUCAAGCGCACUCCCUUCCCUCUCUCCCCCUCCUCCCUCCCGCCCCUUUCUCUGUAUGGACGCCACGCCUGCCUCCUGCGCACGCCUCCCGGCCUCCCUGUGAACAAACCUCUCGCGUCGAUCGAUCGACAUGCGUAUUAUUAUGUGUGUGCAUUUCUUCUGUCUGUCUCUCACUGGUUGAUUGACGACUGGCUUGAUAGAGCUCGGAUCCAUCGCCUCUUUUUUCGGACGGAAGGCAGGGACGAAGGGAGGCUCGCUCGUGUGCUCGUGUGCGGAGUGCCAACGACGGACGACUCGACGGAUGGGCUGGAUGGCUGGAAAGACUGCGAUCGUAUGAGUGCCCUUGGCCGUACGGUGGAUGGAUGUGGCUGCCUGUGUGCCCGGCUGCCUGCCUCCCUGGGAGGCUGGUGAACUGUCUUGCGUACAUAUGAUAUCAGAUCAGAUCGUAGGAGUCCAUGCGGGUUGUGGGUAGACAGAAUGAAUGGAUUGGGCUGCACACAAGGAGGGAUGGCUGUUGUGUUUUGCGUCACCACCUACCCACUCCCUCUUCUCAGAGGCCUCACUUGCGCCACUUUCCCGGCUGUGUGUGUGCUGUGCGCGUCGCGCCCUGCCUUCUUGGUCCUCAUGAGCAUCGAUCGCUUGGCGCAUACAACACAUGGCAUCCAUCGCUGGGUUUACUCACUCAUUUUACGCACUCACUCAGUCACUCAGUCACUCAGCCGUCCACUCACUCCUCUCUCCAGAGGUUUUACUGGUUUAAGCCUCUUUCUUUCUACCUUCAUUGGUUGGCUGGUUGCUUGCUUGCUUGCUGCUGUCUUACACUCAUUCACUCAUUCACUCACUCCCUGACUCACUCACCACGGCUGGUGGAUUGCUGCUGUAGUGACACUGUCUGCCUUGACUGCAUGAAUGGAUGAAUGGCCUAGUCGUGUGUGUGGCGUGUCGUGUGUCGUGAGCCGUUUGCCGUGUGUCGUGCUGCCUAUCUCUCUCGUGUGCCUUUCCUCCCUCCCUGCCUCCGUCCCUCUUCGUACACACCACCCCACACCAUGUUGAUUGAUUGCUAGUUAGUGCAUGCCCACCGAUCGCUGCCCACCUCCAUCCAUCAUUCCAUCCACAGCACAGAAGGACACCUAGAUUGACCGACUUACUGACUGACUGACUGACUGACAGAGAGAGAGAGAGAGAGAGGUGAGGGAGGAAGAAGUUUGUUCAGGAGCCUUUUUGCCGUCCGUUCGUCAGUCAAUCAUUUUGAUCGAUUCACCGAUUGUCGACUGUUUCACUAACUCUAUCUAUAUGUCUGUCUCUUUCUCUCCCUCUCUGUGUCUGUGUGUGUGUAUAUGGUAUGCCUCUCUGUUUACGCCAUCUCGUUUACCCCCAAUGCCCUACCUCCGUCUCUCUCUCUCUCUCCUUGCUGCAGCAGUGGUAGUGAUUGCCGGCAGCCGGCCCCUCUAGUCAGUUGUGUGUGUUGUGUCUUGUGUCCUGGGGCCCUGCCGGCCUGCACAUGCAGGGAGGGAGGAAGGGAGGGAGGGGAGGGCAGGAAAGCUGUGUUUGUUGUCCAUAUUGUGCCUCCUUGCUCAUCCUCCUUCGGUUGCUUCAUUUGCGCGUCCUUUGCGCUGCUCUCUCCCCACUCGUUUCUGCGCACCGUACCGCACCCGAGGGCGUGAACUCUAUCUAUCUGUCUAUCCGUCUGUGUGUGUCCGUGAUGUCGGCGGGGGGGUGGAUUUUCAUUGCACAUCCAUCUGGGCUCCAUGGGGGGCGGGGGUAUGGACACUCACUGUCUGUCUGUCUGUCUGGUAUACCAUAAUCUCUAUGGAAUCGAUCUCUCAGAUGCGACACGCACGCGAUCUCUUUUUCUGCGCCCACCCCACAAUCCCUCCCUCCCUCACUCCCUCCCUCCGUCCUAUUUCUCCCGCACUCAGUCAGCCUCUCACUCAGCCAGCUGCUUCCUAGACUCACUUGACAAACAGCCACACGGAGGGCGGGAGGGGGAGGGGGAUGAGGGGAGGGAGGCUAUGGUGGGGUGGGGCAAGCGUACAAUGGCUGCCGGUGCUGGUGUGAUGUGCUGUGCUGCAUGCCCUGAUGAGUGCACCAGCUGAGAUGACUGGUGAUGACUGACUGACUGACUGACUGCAUCCAUUGCGUGCGUGGCUCGUUUGAGAGCGAUCGACUGGGGGGUGCAGGUGCGUACGUACACCUACCUAACCUACCUAUACACGUGACUGACUGACCGAGUGACCGAGUGAGUGAGCGAGCGACGGCGGCCGCUUGCUUUCUUCUCAUCUCAUUGCCUGCCUGCCUGCCUCGCUGCCUGAUUGGUGGAUUGUUCUUUUGUCAAGAGUCUACGCCAUGAUGUGAUGCUCCCUGCAUCUGUUCUGCUCUUAUCGCGCAAGCGGCGGUCUCCAU